AUGUGUCAUCCAGGGUUUCCUUUUGUGAGUCAAGAAGGUUUGAUUGUACAUAGAAGAUGGUUUGUAUUUCAAGGGUCAAAUGAGGUAGAACAUGAACUAAGACAUGUUCAUCAUGGUGAUGGUGGCGGUGGUGCUUCUGUGAAGCGAUGCGUGUGUUCGCCGUCACAACAUCCGGGGUCAUUCCGGUGCCGGCAACAUCAUGGUGAGUAUGUUUGGCGUGGUAGAAGAGUUAAGUAG